AUGCCGGAAUCGCGUGAAGACUCUGUCUACCUUGCCAAGCUCGCCGAGCAGGCUGAGCGCUACGAGGAGAUGGUCGAGAACAUGAAGCGCGUCGCUUCGUCCGACCAGGAGCUCACCGUCGAGGAGCGCAACCUGCUCUCGGUCGCUUACAAGAACGUCAUUGGUGCCCGCCGUGCCUCGUGGCGCAUCGUCUCCUCCAUCGAGCAGAAGGAGGAGUCCAAGGGCAACGAGGCCCAGGUUUCGAUGAUCAAGACCUACCGUGAGAAGAUCGAGGCUGAGCUCGCCGAGAUCUGCGAGGACAUUCUCGAUGUCUUGGACAAGCACCUCAUCCCUUCGGCCGCCACUGGCGAGAGCAAGGUCUUCUACCACAAGAUGAAGGGUGACUACCACCGAUACCUCGCCGAGUUCGCCACCGGUGACAAGCGCAAGGACUCCGCUGACAAGUCGCUCGAGGCCUACAAGGCUGCUUCGGACGUUGCCGUCACCGAGCUGCCCCCCACCCACCCUAUCCGCCUGGGUCUCGCCCUGAACUUCUCGGUCUUCUACUACGAGAUCUUGAACAGCCCCGACCGCGCUUGCCACCUCGCCAAGCAGGCCUUCGACGACGCCAUCGCCGAGCUCGACACUCUUUCGGAGGAGAGCUACAAGGACUCGACGCUCAUCAUGCAGCUGCUCCGCGACAACCUUACCCUCUGGACUUCGGACAUGCAAGAUUCCGAGAAGCCCGCUGAGGCUGCCGCUGGUGAGGCCCCCGCUGCCGAGGCCAAGGGUGAGGAGGCUGCUUAA